GCGACAAAAAAAAAACCAAACACUACAGUUUCUUCAGAACUCUUUUUAUAAGCUCUUGAAGUAUUGUUAGGUGAAUUUUUAGCUACGGCCAGGUUUCACAGUUCAAGAUCAACAUGGCAAAAAUAAAGUCGCAAAGGCAGCUCGUCAGCAUGACAAAGGAUUCCUCACCAAGGCAGCCCGCCUCCGAACCACACUCGUCCGAUAGUGACAGCUCUGAUGAGGAAUCGGAUCAUCUUGAUGCCGUUAGCUCUCGCAAGAAGCGCAAGCUUUCAGUGGAUUUUAGCCAAGAGGAGGGCGACGAUGAGGAUGAUAAUCAAGAUGAGAGCGAUGAUGACGAUGAUGUCGAUGAGGAUGGCGGCAAAAUGAAACAGCCUGUCGCAAAGCCUACUUUUGCAUUCAAUGCACCGUCCCGCAUCAAACGCCACCCUGCCAAGGGAGAUUCUGAGAGAAUAGGAAAGGGGCAGCCUGUCACUGAUGCCGAGAUGGAAGAUGCAGUUCAGAGCGUAGCCCAAGCGGCGGGCAAGAAAAGGAUUUUGGCUCCAACGGACCAAAACACUACGUUCGAGUCCCUUGGUGUAGAGCCAUGGCUUGUCCAAUCUCUAGCGAACUUGGCCGUCAAGAGACCGACGGGUAUUCAGAAAGGAUGCAUUGGUGAAAUCUUGAAGGGGCGGGAUUGCAUUGGCGGCAGUCGAACUGGUUCCGGAAAGACUAUUGCAUUUGCUGUACCUAUUCUGCAGAAAUAUGCUCAGGAUCCAUCUGCCAUUUUUGCCGUUGUCCUGACUGCAACCAGGGAGCUUGCCCUUCAGAUAUAUGAGCAGUUCAAGGCUGUGUCCUCACCGCACGUGCUCAAAGCCGCCUUGAUAAUAGGUGGCUCCGACAUGCGGUCGCAAGCAAUUGCUCUGGCUCAGCGGCCGAGUAUUGUUAUUGCUACUCCUGGUCGGCUGGCAGAUCACAUUCGAUCAUCAGGCGAGGACACAAUUUGUGGUCUUCGCAGAGUAAAGUUCCUGGUUCUAGAUGAAGCCGACAGACUACUGUCCUCUAAAGGGCCCGGCAGCAUGCUACCGCAUAUUGACGAAUGCAUGGCUGUCUUGCCGCCCCCCGAGGAUCGUCAGACGUUACUGUUCACCGCCACGGUGACGCCCGAGGUCCGCGCGCUCAAGGAAAUGCCUACGCGGCCAGGCAAGGAACCUGUACAUGUCUGUGAGGUAGACACGCAGGUCCUGGCUAUUCCGGACUCGUUAAAGCAGUCAUAUAUCCAACUGACGGUGACGCACCGGGAGCACUUCCUGCACGAGUUUCUUCUCACAGCUGCCAACACGGAGCGGUCUAUAAUCAUAUUCGUCAACCGCACAAGCACAGCCCAGUUCCUCCAUCACUUACUGAGACUUCUGGACCACCGAGUCACGUCGCUGCAUUCGAAACUGCGCCAGCAGCAGCGUAUCGACAACCUGGGUCGGUUCCGUGCAUCAGCAGCCCGCAUUCUAGUCGCGACGGACGUUGCGUCGAGAGGUUUAGAUAUCCCCGAGGUUUCGGUUGUGGUCAACUACGAUCUGCCACGGGACCCGGAUGACUAUAUUCACAGGGUUGGACGUACCGCACGUGCCGGUCGCAAGGGUGAAGCGGUCAACUUUGUCGGUCAGAGAGACGUUGAGCUGGUCCUGGCAAUCGAGAAGAGGGUUGGUCGGCCUAUGGAGAAAUGGGAGGAGGAGGGUGUUAACCUCGAAACCAGAGUGAUUCGCGACUCGUUGAAGCUCGUGUCCGAAAAGAAGAGGGAGGCGCUUUUGAAUAUUGAGGAGAAUAGGGAGGUAGGCGGACGGAGAAAAAGACAGAAGCUCAAGUUGGGGGCGGAAUAAUCUAGAUGGUGUUGUGUUGGUGUGCAUCAGCCUGUCACACACAUGGCAUCUAUGUAAGACUUCAGUCAUCGAAGCAGCGAGACUUUCUAUAUGGAGUCUGAAAACAUAACACAUAGUAUAUAACAAAUAUUCGAUUUGAAGGUUUAGUCUAUGUGGCCUGCGUGACCCUCUACUCUGUGC